AUGCGCAAAAUAAUCUUAUUAACUCUUGCAAUAUCAUGUUGCUAUUGUUAAUGUAACUUUUAUCCACAGGAUCCAGUCGCUUGUGUUUAGCUAACAAAUUCUUAUUGUAAUUGAUAUAAAUUGAAUUAUAGGCAUUUACAAUGAAUUUUUAAAUUGGUGUAUGGAGACAUAGAAUCAGAAUUUAGGUUGUUCUAAAAAUCUAAAUAGCAAAGCUUGUAUUAAUCAAUUAAAUUUUGGUGGAAACACUGAGAAGAAGUGUAGAAUUUAAUUUAAUUAUAGGUAUAUUUCAGGGGAGAUGUUAAGAAGUAAACCAAUAUCACCUAGAAAACUUAGGUUGUGAUAAAAAUUAUUCAAAAUUUGCUUGCUUAAGUGUCCUCAACAGAGAUUGCUUUUGGAAUGGAGUUUGCGAAGAUUCAUCAAUGAUAUCAUAUUCACAUUACACUUAAGAGGAAAUAUAUCAAUUUCCUGUUACUCCAUCAUUAUGUGCAAAAUAUGAACAAUCCCCAUGUAAUUAAUAAAAAUAAAAAAGGCAUGAAUAAUGGAUCCGAAGGAGAUUAUAGAUGCGUCACAAUAUAUGAAAUGUAAUUUAAAGAAUUAAAAUGUUCUACUUUGGGGUUGAAUGAAAUAGGUUGCAGAUCAAUUUUGACAGAAUAAGAAAUGUGUAAUGUUUUUCCUUUAUAUUUAGGUAUAUUUGAUAAUUAUUAAUGUAAAUAUAUAAAACCUUAUGAAAUAAUAAGUUGUUCCUUAAAAUUAAACAAAUUAGCUUGUUUAUCUAUUUCGAAACCUAAUCUAAUGUGUGAAUGGUAAAAAUAAGAAUGUAGAACGUAUGUUAUUAAUGAAAAUAAAUAAUGCCAAGAUAUUUUUAAUAUAAAUAUCAAUGUUUGUGCUAAUUAAGACAGUCUUUGUAUGUUUGAUGAUAAUAAUUUCAGAUGUACAGAAGUAACUUUGAAGUAAUUAGAAGAUUUAGAUUGCGAUACACCUGGAAUAACAAGACUUACAUGCUUGUCUAUUAAAAAUAAAUAAUGCACUUUUUAUAAAGGAUUUUGUUAAACUUUAUAAGAUAAAGAGUUAAGUGAAUAUCAUUGUUCAAUGUAAUUAAAUUAAGCAGCUUGUAUUAAUAUUACAACUAUAGGCUAAUUUUGUUUAUGGGAUGGUAAAGGAUGUUAAAAUGUUGAAAUAAAUCAAGAUUUAGAUUGUCAUAUGUUUGAUAAAUUUUAAGUAAAUGGUAAUGUUUGCUAAGCAAUAAUAAAACCAAAUAAAAUGUGUAAAUAUAAUGAAAUAACUAAAAUUUGUAUAUAAAGUUCAUCAAAUGAUUACUGUAUAACACCAUAUUUAAAUUUAUUUGGAUGUGUUGGUAUCUUUAGAGAAGGUUAAACUUGUAAAUGGAUAGAUUCAAGUUGUUAAGAGAUUUUGAUAAUACCAUUUGAAACAACUUGCAGCAGCUUAAAAUAUGCAAAUUAUUAAGCAUGUUCCUAAGUCUUUGAAAGUACUUAGUUAGGUUGUUAUUUUGAUGAAAUUGCAUAGUAAUGUGUAACUUUAUAAAUUAACAACAAUAAUAAUUUAGAAGAUAAAAAAAGAGUUGAUAAAUUCUUAAAAUCAGUGACUUGUGCUAAUCAAUCUUUAGGAUUAAAUAAAACCAUUUGUGGAGCUAUAACUACAGAAGAUACUUUUUGCAGAUGGUAGUAUAAAAGGUGCAAUUUAGUAGAUAAAGAUGAUAUUGUAAACCUCCCUUGUAUUGAUUUAAGCUUCGCAAAUUAAAACAUUUGUGCUUUAGUAAAAUACAAUAAUGAAUUUUGCAGAUACUUUGAAGAAGAAAAAGGAUGUAUCAAUUAAUUAGAAGGUGAUAUGUUUUGCGAUGAUCCUGGACUUAAUUCAGUUAGUUGUAAAUAGGCUAAGGAAAAUUGCUACUUCGAAGAUAAUAAAUGUAAAAGUCUAGGAGAUAUUACAUAGUAAAUAACUCCUGCUGAAUCUAUCAUUUUAUAGAAAUUACAGUGCUUAUCUAACUCUCCUACAAAACUUGUUUGUUUAGAAAUCUUAACCAAAAAUUAAUUAUGUUAAUGGUCAAAUAAAAAUCAAAUAUGUUCUGAAAUAGUAGUACUUCCAAAUAAGAAUUGUGCUGAUUUUUCUUCUUUUUAAGUUAAUGCUAAUGUUUGUGCUUCAAUCAUAAUGGAUAAACCAAAUAAUAUCAUAGAAGGUAAGGAAUAAUCUUUUGAAGAGUAAAAUCCUGGUUAUUGUGAAUAUGAUAGAUAUUAUAAAAUUUGUAAGGUAAAAAAGUCUGUAUGUAAUGACAAAUGUUGUACAUCAAAUGAAGAAUUAGGAAUAAAUGCAUAUUCAUGUAGUAGAUUUUCCAGUUAAGAACCAGGAGUAUAUUGUUAUUUUAAAGAUCUAAGAUGUUAAGAGCUUACAAAUUUAGAUGUAGAUAUAUCUAAUCCUGAAAGUGUUAAGAUUUACUAUAAUAUAAAUCAAUUCAUAUGUUCUCAAAUGAAUAAGAACUCUUGUCAUAUGAUAGAAUGGUCAACUACUUAAACUUGUUAUUAUAAUGGAUUUGCUUGUGUAAAUUUGAACAUGAAAGAUUAAACAGACUUUAUAGAAUUUACUAAACCAUCAUCAAUUUUAAAUCAAUAUGCUUGUUUGGCUAUUGAAGCAAACAAUAGUAUUAACUAUGUACUCAAAUAUUUUGAGUAUGAUUCAGAAUAUAAAAAUUGUAGGCUUCUUUAACAACCAUAUCCAAAAUACACAAGUUGUGAAAGUGUAAAAGGAAAUUCUAAUAUUUGUUUAGGUCUUACAUAGGAUUUAUAUUGUAAAUGGGAUAGAUUUAAUUUAAAAUGUGUUACAAUAACUAAAGAUUAAUAGUAAGAAUUAAUAAACUGCAAUUCGUAUCAAAACAAACGAUCUUGUAUAGAAAAUCCAUAUUCAGCUUGUUAAUUUUCUCUUGCUUUAGAUAAAUGUAUUGAUGCACCUUUGGAUCAAGAAUGCUCCUAUUACAAUACAACAGGUUAAAUUAGUCAGAAAACAUGCUCUUUAAUUACUAAACAAGGUUAAAUAUGUGAAUUUCAGAAUAACUAUUGUGUAAGUUCUAAUAAGAUUGUUGAUGGAUGUAAUCUAGUUGGAAUAAAUAAAAGAGGUUGUUAUAAAAAUACUAAAGGGUUAUGUAGAUGGGAUGAUGUGUCUGGCUCAUGUUAUGAGAAUAGAACAGCUUUAGAAGAAUUAGAAUGCACAAGUAAUCUUAAUUAAAUUUUAUGUAUGAAAGUGACUAAAUAACCUUGUAUGUGGAAUGAUAGUCAAUUAUAAUGUGUUUAUUUUAAUUAGAUGACUAAUGAUCAAUAUUAAGAAUAAAAUUCUAAUAAUUAAUAUAACGAAUGGGCUUGCACUCUAAUCAUUGGUGCAGGUUAUACUUUUGAUGCUUAAAAUCAUAAAUGUAAAUUUUUAGAAGAUACAUAAAAUUAUGGAUGUUAAGAUAUUUAAAUGAAUAAUUAUGCUUGUUAAUUUUUAACAAAAGGUAAUAAGUGUUAUUUUGAUAAUAAUGAAAUUCCUCCAAAAAAGAAAUGUAAGAUAUUUGAUAUGGAUUAAAGUAUUUGUACCACUAAUAUUGCUAUAAAUAUUGAUGUUUGUAUGGAUAUACCGAAAUCAUGUAAAUUCUCUGUAAAAACUUUAUCUUGUUUAACAUUAAAAGUGAAAGAGGAGGAUUCUUGUUUAGAUCUAUAAAAACUCUAAUAAAAAGAUGAAUAUGUUAAUAAACAAGGAUGUUCUUCCAUAUCUGAUUCAAUAGAGCUUACUGAUGGGGAAUAUUAAUGCUAUUAAAAUAAGGAGUUUCAUUAAUAAUGCAAUUAUUAGAAAUUUUGUUAUUGGAGUGAUUACACCUGUAAAAUAAGCCUACAAUAAAUUCAUAUAUUUGAUAAAAAUAAUACUAUCAAAAAUUAAACAUAAAACUGGGUUUUUACAACAAAUAAUUGUUCUGAUAGUUCUUAAUGCAGAUAAUAUGUAGUAACCUAAGAAUAUUAGUUAGGUAGCAAAACUUAUCCUGGUACUCGUUAAAAUUAAACAUGUGGAAAAGGUCGGUGCGAUUAUAAUAAUGAAUCUUGUUAUUAAAAUUCUGAUUGCUAAUAGAUUGCUAUAGAAAAUCUUGAAAUUAAUGAUGAUGGCUCAAUUAAACCACCAAAAAUGUAGGAUUAAAUUUGUUAAUCAUAUUGUUAAAUAUCAGAAGAUAUUUAUAAGUGUGAUGAUUCUUAAAAUCCUCCUCAAGAAGUCUUAGUCCCAGAAUAAACUCAAGAUUAAAAGUGUAGGGGAAGAUGCAGUAAAUCAAAAAAAAUUUGUGAAAGUCAGAAUGAUUGUGGAUAUUAUGUUAAAUUUCCAGCAGUAAAAGAAUAAAGAUUUAAUACAGAGAAAAAUAUCACAGAGGAAGUUAUUGUAUCUCCUGAAAUUUUAGAAUAAGAGACUUGUGAUUUAAAUACUUUUACAUGUUCAGAUAAUGGCUAUCCAUGCUCUAAACAAAGUGAUUGUAAGAGUUUUGUAAUAAAAUCUUGGUAAAUAAAAAAUGCUGUUUGCUAAAAAUAAAUUUUAUAUAAAAUAUCUGAAAUCUGUAAAGGAUUCUAUUUUCUUCAGUUAAAAUGCUUGAAUACCUUUUCAAAAGCACUUUGUCUUCAAAUGACAAAUUAAAAUUGUUUCUUUGAUUUAAAUUAAGGUGGUUGCAAUUAACUUGAUGGCAAUGAACAUAAAGUAACUAGUUGUGAUAGCAUUUUAAAUACAUAAAAACCAACUAUUUAAUGCGAAAGCUUUACAAAUAUUUGCAGAUUUAGUAGUUUACCUUAAAAUGAGUAUCGAAAAACAUGUCAAUAAGUAUCAUCAAAAUUAAUGCUUUGUAAAGAUGGAAAUAAAUAAAAUGUUGCUAAAGAUUCUUGCCCUUCAAAUACAAGGUCAUUUAUAAAUUGUUUAAAAGUAGAUAAUCACUUAGAUUCUUAAAAAUGCGCAGAAAUUUCUUAUCAAUCAAUUUUUAAUUGUGCUGCAGCAGUAGAUAAUUGCAGAUUCUCAAAUGGUAGUUGUAUAUCUACCUUAUAGAAUAAUAUAUGUAAUUGUGAAAAAAGUUACAGUAAAUCUUUAUGUCUUGAGUGCAAAUGUAACUUUGAUUUAGGUUACUGUUAAAAAGAAAUGUAACCUCCUCCACAAAAUGAAUUUAAUAAAUAUUAUUUGUGUUAUGAAGUAAAUAUAUUACCAACAGAUAAAGAGAAUAAAAAAAGAGCUUGUGGAAUGGUUAAAUAAGCUUGUAGAUUUUAAAUUAAAUGUGAGGAUGCAACUCACUAUACUUGUGAUUAUCUUUUAAAUUUUGUUGUUUCUGAAAAAGCUUGCGUUAGAUGUAAGGGACUGGGAGUUUAUUAUGAUAACAAUUAAUAAUUUUGCAAGAUUGUGAAUGAAGAUAGAUUAACGUGCGAUUUAUUAAACUAAUAAGCAUGUAUAUAAAAAACAUAAGAUAUAAUGUGUAAAUGGGAAGAUUAUGAAUGUAAAAAGAUAGAAAAAAUAACAGGUUCUGAUAGUAGAGAAUGUUCAAUUUAUAAUAGAGAUGCUUGUAUAUAAUUCUAAUAAGAUUGUUGGUUUGAUUUGAAUAUUAAAAAAUGUAUAAAGUUUGNAUGAGUCAUAUUAAAAUAUUUGUUAAAAUCAUAGAUGCACUGAAAGCAAUUAAAAGUGUAGUAAUUCUGAUCAAUGUCCUGAUUAUGUUUAGAGAAGUUGGAUUUUUUCAUCUUCUUAAUGUAGUGAAAAAGUUACAUACAAAGUAAUGCCAAUAUGUAAGGGAUUUUUCUUUUUAGAAUUAAGAUGUAAAAAUACCUUCUCGAAAGAGGUUUGUUUGAAUGGAGUACUAGAAGAAUGUUAAUUUGAUUUAAAUUAAGGUGGAUGCUUUUAAUUAAAAGGAAAUGAAAAUAAAAUUAUUAGUUGUUCAUCAAUUUUAAGCAGAUGUUAACCUUCUCAAAAAGCUUUAGAAUGUGAUCCUGCAAAGCCAAUAUGUAAAAAUAGCAUAGAAUGUUUGAGUAGCUUUGAAAAUUCUUGUUUAAAAAGUUCAAAUUCAAAAGUAGUUUGUAAAGCUGGAGAGACGUUGAUUGUCCCAAAUGAAAAAUCAUGUUUAUCUUUGUAGAGAUAAAUUUAAAUUUGUGAAUAAAUUAUUCCACCUCAAGAUCUUUUAUGUUCAAUGAUUACUAACAAUGUAUCGCCUGCUUAUUGUUCAUUAGCCAUUGAUUUUUGUCGUUUUGAAUCAAAUAGUUGUGUAAGUACAAUACCAAAGAAUUCAAAUAAUGAAUGUAUUUGUGAUGCCAGUUUCAGUAAAUCUCUUUGCGAAAAAUGUAAUUGCUUUUUUGAUUUUGUUGGAUAUUGUUAACAACAGCCAAUACCUCCCAAACCAAACCCAGAUGGAUCAAACAAAUAUUAUUUAUGCUAUGAAGUUAAUCAAUUAAAUGUUGAGAAUAAAUUAAAUGUUUGUGUUUAGGUAGAAUAAGCAUGUAAAUUUAUUAAUAAAAAGUGCGAAGAUGCAACUCAUUAUAAUUGUGAUUAAUUAAAAGGGUAUUUUACAACACUCAGAGCCUGUACUCGCUGCUAAGGUGCUAAUACUUACUAUGAUAAUUCUAAUCAUGUUUGUACCUAUUUAGGAUUAGGAAACAUUUAAAAUUGCUAUUAAUUAAACUAAUAAGCAUGUAUAUAAAAAACAUAAGAUAUAAUGUGUAAAUGGGAAGAUUAUGAAUGUAAAAAGAUAGAAAAAAUAACAGGUUCUGAUAGUAGAGAAUGUUCAAUUUAUAAUAGAGAUGCUUGUAUAUAAUUCUAAUAAGAUUGUUGGUUUGAUUUGAAUAUUAAAAAAUGUAUAAAGUUUGAUCCAAAGUUGGGAUCUUGUGAUUUACUUUUAAAUAAAGAUCUUUGUAUGUAUUCAUUAAAAGAAUCUUGUUUAUGGGAUUAAAAUAAUGAAAUUUGUAAUAAAAACGAUCAAGAAAUUACAGGAUGUUAAGAUUUAAAUAAAUUUGGAUGUUUAAAUUAAUCAAUUUUAUUAUGUGUUUGGUCAGAUACAUAUGGAUGUUAAUUGGCUGAUUUUAAUAAUAAUUCUUAAUCAUGUGAUUCUCCUAUAGGAAAUUCUUAAAAAUCAUACAUUACUCAUUUUAGUAAAAAAGUUUGUUCAUCAAUUAAUAUAAAUUUAAAUUGUUUUUAAGAUAAUUAUUAUCGAUGCAGAUAAACAAUUAUUACAGAUAUAAUUAAAUGUGAUAGUAAUGGAUUAAAUAAAUUUGGUUGUAUAAAUAGAUCAUAGGGAAAAUGUUAAUAUUUAGAUGAACAAAAAGAAUGUAUAGAAAUCUAAAAUGAUUAGAUUGGAUGUAUAGAUUCUUUGAAUAAAGAAGCUUGUAUCUCUUAAAAGUAAACUUGUAAGUUUGAGAAUAAUAAAUGUUCUUUUCAUUAAGUGAAUAAAAUUGCUGAUAUCAUUAAUUAGAAUUAAAAUUUCCCUUAUUCCAAUAGUGUAUGUAGUUAUUUAGAUAAAUAAAUUUAAUAAAGUUUUAUUUAUAGUUAAGUACAAAAUAGAUGUAUUGAUGUGUCUAAUAGAAAUCCAUUUAUUGAUAAUUGUUCAAUGGUAGGAAUCAAUCAGUAUGCUUGCUUAUAAAAAACAACUUAGGCUUGUGAAUAUAAUUAUGAGAUGAAGAAUUGUUCAUCAACGCCUUUACAAACAUUAAAAGCUAUUAAUACUUGUUUAAGUAAUUAAUAUUUGAAUUGGGUCUCUUGCAUUACUUUAAGUUCCUAAUGUAAAUUUAUUUAAAAUAAAUGCUUACCAAUUGAAUCAAAAGAUAAUUGUUAAUAUCUUUAAGAUUAAUAAAUAAUUGUGAAAAGUUCUAUUUGUGCAACUAGAAAUGAUAAAGGUUGUAAAUUAAACAUUAAUUCAAACACUUGUGAGAUUUUGAAUUAAGCUGAUAAUUUUCAGUGUUCAGUUAUGGGUUUAAAUAGAAUUGGCUGUUUAUUCUAAACAAAAGGUUAUCUUUGUAGAUAUUAAAAUAAUCAAUGCCUAUUUGAUUUUGAAUAAGCUCUUUGUGAAGAUCCUAUUAAUGAAGAUAAAUGUUAUUUAAUCAAAACCAAAGGAUAAUACUGCAGAUUUGAUAAAACUAAAGGUUGUUAUUAAAUUGAUAAUUCACAAGGAGAGCUCUUUAAAUGUAAUCAUUCAUUUAAAACUAAUCCUACUACAUGUUCAAGAAGUACAGAUAUUCCUUGUUUUUAUGACAAAAAUUCAAAUACUUGCAUUCCAUAUCUUCAAAAUGGAGAAUAGUAAUAAUCAAUCAAUUUGAAUUGGGAUAACAAAAUUUCAUUUAAUAUUUUAACUUGUUAAAGAUAUGAAAUCGGUUAGAAGAUGGUUUAUUGGAAUAGCUUAGAUGAAUAAAUUUAAUAAAGCAAUAAUGAAUGCAUUGAAGUUUAAGAGAUUAAGCUAACUACAUUAAAGUGUAAUGNAUAUGGAUGUUAAUUGGCUGAUUUUAAUAAUAAUUCUUAAUCAUGUGAUUCUCCUAUAGGAAAUUCUUAAAAAUCAUACAUUACUCAUUUUAGUAAAAAAGUUUGUUCAUCAAUUAAUAUAAAUUUAAAUUGUUUUUAAGAUAAUUAUUAUCGAUGCAGAUAAACAAUUAUUACAGAUAUAAUUAAAUGUGAUAGUAAUGGAUUAAAUAAAUUUGGUUGUAUAAAUAGAUCAUAGGGAAAAUGUUAAUAUUUAGAUGAACAAAAAGAAUGUAUAGAAAUCUAAAAUGAUUAGAUUGGAUGUAUAGAUUCUUUGAAUAAAGAAGCUUGUAUCUCUUAAAAGUAAACUUGUAAGUUUGAGAAUAAUAAAUGUUCUUUUCAUUAAGUGAAUAAAAUUGCUGAUAUCAUUAAUUAGAAUUAAAAUUUCCCUUAUUCCAAUAGUGUAUGUAGUUAUUUAGAUAAAUAAAUUUAAUAAAGUUUUAUUUAUAGUUAAGUACAAAAUAGAUGUAUUGAUGUGUCUAAUAGAAAUCCAUUUAUUGAUAAUUGUUCAAUGGUAGGAAUCAAUCAGUAUGCUUGCUUAUAAAAAACAACUUAGGCUUGUGAAUAUAAUUAUGAGAUGAAGAAUUGUUCAUCAACGCCUUUACAAACAUUAAAAGCUAUUAAUACUUGUUUAAGUAAUUAAUAUUUGAAUUGGGUCUCUUGCAUUACUUUAAGUUCCUAAUGUAAAUUUAUCUAAAAUAAAUGCUUACCAAUUGAAUCAAAAGAUAAUUGUUAAUAUCUUUAAGAUUAAUAAAUAAUUGUGAAAAGUUCUAUUUGUGCAACUAGAAAUGAUAAAGGUUGUAAAUUAAACAUUAAUUCAAACACUUGUGAGAUUUUGAAUUAAGCUGAUAAUUUUCAGUGUUCAGUUAUGGGUUUAAAUAGAAUUGGCUGUUUAUUCUAAACAAAAGGUUAUCUUUGUAGAUAUUAAAAUAAUCAAUGCCUAUUUGAUUUUGAAUAAGCUCUUUGUGAAGAUCCUAUUAAUGAAGAUAAAUGUUAUUUAAUCAAAACCAAAGGAUAAUACUGCAGAUUUGAUAAAACUAAAGGUUGUUAUUAAAUUGAUAAUUCACAAGGAGAGCUCUUUAAAUGUAAUCAUUCAUUUAAAACUAAUCCUACUACAUGUUCAAGAAGUACAGAUAUUCCUUGUUUUUAUGACAAAAAUUCAAAUACUUGCAUUCCAUAUCUUCAAAAUGGAGAAUAGUAAUAAUCAAUCAAUUUGAAUUGGGAUAACAAAAUUUCAUUUAAUAUUUUAACUUGUUAAAGAUAUGAAAUCGGUUAGAAGAUGGUUUAUUGGAAUAGCUUAGAUGAAUAAAUUUAAUAAAGCAAUAAUGAAUGCAUUGAAGUUUAAGAGAUUAAGCUAACUACAUUAAAGUGUAAUGAUUUUUUAAAUGAAAUUGCUUGUAUGAAUAUUUAAACACCCUUUUAAUUUUGCACGUACCAAAACUUUACUUGUUAAUCUAUAGAUUUAGAUAUUACUGACUUAAUUCGUAAUUGUUCUUAUUAUUAAAAAGUCAAUAGUGGUGCUUUUUGUGAAAUAACUACUGAUAUCCCUUGUGAAUAUAGUUCAAUAAAUAAAAAAUGUUAAUUAGUUACCAAUUUAUAAGAAAUUUCUUGUGAUUACAAUUAACCUUACAAAAAAGGGUACAACUAUUUAGCUUGUAAAGAAAAUCCAAAUUGCACAUUUUAUUUUGGGUCCUGUUAUAAAAAUAUUUAUUAAUCAGUUGCGUUAUGUGAGGAUGUAUAACCAGAUUAAAUUUAGCUUUGCAAAAAAAUUAAUACAUAGGGUUGCUUUAUAAAGUAAUAAAACCUAUGUUCAGCAUUGUAACCAGAGGAUUAUUUAACAAUAAAAUGUGAAGAAGCAAUUAAUGCAGCAGGUUGUAAAUUAGUUUCAACUCCUGGAUAAACUUGCUACUAUGAUGAAUAGUAGGAGGAAUGUAAAUUCAAAGACUUAAAAAAUGAUUUUAAUUUCAAAUGUUCAGAUUUGGAUAAAAUUAAUUCUUAUAAAUUUUGUGAGUAAACAAAAGAUUAAUCGUGUAAAUAUAAUGUAAAUAUGAAUAAAUGCUAGAUUGCAACUGGUAAUAAUUAUGACUGCAGUCGGGGAUUGAACAUUCUCGCAUGCUACAAUUUAACUAAUAAAUUAAAAUAAUGCAAAUUUCUUAAUUAUUGUUAUGGACCUAAUGAUUAAAUAUUAUAAUGUAAUUCUAAUUCAUCCUAUGAUUGUUGUCUUGAAGCAUAAAAGAAGGAUGUUUGUUUAUUUUAAAAAAAGUUUUUAUGUUAAUGGUAAUAAGGCUGCCAGGCAUAUCAAUAAAAAGAACAAAUAGAGUGUAAUAAAAUUAAAGAUGCUUCAAUUAACGUUUGCACCUCUAUUUAGGGUUAUUUUUGUAUAUUUGAUUCAGAUACUUUUACUUGUAAAUAAAUAUUUCCUUAAAGCUGUGAUUAAAUGUAGACUUCUGAUUAGUGCAAAAGAGUACUUGAUUUUCCUUGUGUCUGGGAUGAACUCUAUGAAAUUUGUAUCUAUAAAGAUAAGAAUAAUCUUGAUUAAUGUAAAGAUAUAAGAAAUAAAGUUGGUAAUAUACUGGCUUGUACAAUGGUUGAAGGAUUAGAUUAAAAGUGUAUAUUUGAAAAUAAUUAAUGUUAAACCUUUUAUUAAAAAGAAGGUUUCAACAAUUGUACUAGUAAUAUUAAUAUUUUUUCUUGUUUAUAAUAAACUGUUAGCUAAUGUGAAUGGGUUAUAAAAACAAUAUAAGUGAAAAAGAGUUAAUAAAAUAAUUACUUUGAAAAUUAGGAAAUUGGUGAAUGCAAAGUAUUCACAUAAUUUGAUACAAGUAAUUGUAACAUUUUUUUGAGUUACAAAUCAUGUCUCUCGAUUAGAAAGAAUAGAGAAUUCUGUGUUUGGUAGAAUAAUUAAUGUUAAUAAUUCUCAAUGUCUUAUAAAAUAAGUAAUUAGAAUAAAACAAUUCAAUUAGCAUAAAAUGUUAAUCCAAUCGUUUGUGGAUUAUAUAAUGACGAAAGAUUAAUUUCUUACUCUGAAGAAUUAUAUUCUUGUAUCGAAGUAAAAGAUGUUAGCUUCUUAUCAUGUGCUACUUUAAAAUUUGGUUUAAAUUCUGUGGCUUGUUUAAAUAUUUAAAAUCAAUUAUGUAAAUGGAAUGAUAUCUAAAAAACUUGUGAAUUGGUCAGAUAAGAAAAUACAAACCUUAAAAUAUCUUGUAAUUUAUCUGGUCUUAGUUCAAAAGCUUGUACAUUAAUUGAAGUAGACGAAAGUUGUGGAUUUAUUGGUAAUGGUUGUGGUAAAGUUGAUAGUAAUGUUAAUUGCAAACAUUAAGGAUUGAACAAAUUUGGUUGCUUAAAAAUUACAAAUUAUCCAUGUGCUUGGAUUAAGAACGAAGAAGAUGAAUAUUAUCAUUGUGAUGAUUUUUAACCUUAUGAUUCUUGUAAUGAAAUUAAACUAUAGGUCAACUCUAUGGUAUGUGCUUUGGUUUAAGUUGAUGCUUGCAUUUAUAAUUAGGAAACUCUUAGUUGUAAGACUCCAUAAAUAUUAUUAUCUGAUUGUGAAAUUGAAGGUUUAAAUUACAUUGGAUGUUCUCAAAUUAAAGGAUGUUAUUUUGAGAAUAAUAAAUGUUAGCCUAUUUAAUAAUCCAGUUAUAGUUGUCUCUAAUUUCCUUUAGCUAAUGAAGAUAUUUGUAAAAAUGCUUAUGAUUAAUGUAAAUAUAGUCCAUUAAAUUAUGGGUGCAUUCCUUCAUAAUCAGAUGAAAUAUGUAAAACUUAGGGUUUGAGUGAAACAGGAUGUAUUCAUUCAAAAAGUAAUUGCUUCUGGACUAAUAAUAAUUGUUAAUGUAACAGCAUUUAAAAUGUUCUUCCAGAUUGUUCAUUAAUUAUUGAAUCAGAUAAAUGCAAAUAACAUAAAUAAUGUAUAUAUACUUUUUAAAAAAAUAAUAAUGAUGAAAUUAAUUCAUAAAUUAAAACCUAAAACUUGGGAAUUUGUAGAAGAAAAGUUUGUUCAGAUAUAUCAUAAGAAGAAUGCUAAAAUUACUAAAUAUUGAAUGAUUUUUGUUAUUUAAGUACUGAAAAUACAUGUUUGUAGGCAAAUAAAUGUGAGGAUGUUAAGAAUUCAUAAAAAUAGUGCUCAGAUUAUAAAAUUAAUGGUAUACCCUGCAUUGACAACUUUGAUAAAACUACUUGCAGACGCUUAAUAUGUUCAGAAUUAGAUUUUACUAAAUGUAAAAGUAAUUAAUUUUUGAAUUAUUGCAAUUAUCUAGAUCGUUGUUAGACUAGAUUAUGUAAAGAAUUCGAUAAAGAAGAGGUUUGUAAAUAUUAUAAUUGUUAAUGGAAUAAAAUGAAUCAAAAAUGUAAUAAUAAUUUAUCAUGUGAUAAUUACAAAAAUGAAUAUGAUUGUAAAUAAAAUUUAAACAAUAAUACAUAAUGCUCUUGGAUAACAAAUAAUUAAGAUGGCUUUUGCAGUGAAAAAGGUUGUAGAUAUUUAUCUAUUAAUUAACAAUGUAGAGAUAAUUUUAUUUCUAAAAAUAUAUGUGUCCAACUUUAUGAUGAUUCAUGUGUUUAAUGUGAGGAAAUAAAGGAUUUUUGUUUGUGUGCUGAGUAAAAGUAUUGCAAAUUCAAUUAAAUUUUUGGUUAAUGUGAAUCAAUAAAUUGCAAAGAAUAGAAUAAUGAAAAUGAUUGUUAAAUGUUUUAAUUUUGCUCAUAUAAUAAAGAUUAAAAUGUAAAUUUUUAUAUUUUUAUUUAGGUGUGCCAUUAAAAUUGUAAUUAUCAUCAAAAUAAUUCUGAUUGUAUUGCAGAAUCUGGAUACUGUAUUUGGAAUGAAAAGCUGAAAAUUUGUUAGAAUAUAUAAAAACAAGUAGUUACUACAUCAUCGAAUCCUUCUGGACCAAUUAUGGCUUUUCGUAUUUUUGGGAUUAUUGUUUGGAUACUAAUUUGA